UGCCUAAAAGGGCAGACAGAUAAUGAGGCCUUCCCGGCCCUGGCCCCAGAGAGGGAGGGGUUUCCUGACAGGAAAUUGUCCUCCUCCAAGCCCCCCCUCCUCAGACCCAAGCUCGCUGCAGUCCUGGCCCAAGGAGGCUGGGGACAGGACAUCAGUGGGGACAGAGAGACGGGCGCAGAGGACCACGGUGCCCACCUGUCAAAAUGCCCAUCCUGAAGAGUCUAGGGGUGACAGACCCUAAGGUGCCCCGGGCGGGGACCCUGCCCCUGAGGACAUCUCGGAAUCCCUUUGAGGAAGUUCCAGGGCUGGAGGAAGAGCCCGGGGAGCCGGGGCCCCUGCCCAACGGAACCUCGUGUCACCGUCGUGCCACCCUGGAGAAGCUGGUGGGCCUGGGCCCCUUCCGGCUGGGCUGGAUCCCAGGCCGCCGGGCAGGCAGCCCUGGGGAUGGGCAGCCCCGUUCUUUCCUGGGCCGAGUGCUGAGCCCAGGGAUUCGAAGGAGCUCUGCAGACUUCGGCCUGCUGGCCCGGCUUCAGGGCACCCGAACCCACGGGGAGGAGGAGGCUGGGGACGCGGCACGGAGGCUGGCUUUUCUGCGGCUGGGGCGAGGGCCCAAGCCCCGGCGUGCAUCCCUGGCAGAGAGGGUGGUACCUGCAGGAGAGGCUGCUCCUGAGCCCCCACCCAAGGUCCGAGAGCCCCCGAAGAUGAAGGAGCCACUGUCAGGUGAGUCCCGACGCAGGCUGCCACUGGCCGACCGCUACGCUCUGCUGCACUGGCACAACCAGGUGUACCCCAGGGAGGUCCUAGGGCUGGUGGACAUGGUUGCUCUGGAGAAUGGGGAGCUGGGGCCCCUGCUGUCCCCUGGCACCCUUCGGGGUCUGGAGGAUGAAUGUGUUACAGAUGUCAAGGCUCAGACACGGGCAGCCCUGCUUCGGGUGCUGCAGGAGGACGAGGAACGCUGGGGUAACCCCGAGGACCAGCCUGGCAGCCUGGCCCAGGAUGUGUGUGAGCUGCUGGAAGAGCACACAGAGCGAGCCCCCCGCAUCAGCCAGGAGUUGGGGGAGCGCAUGGCACAUUGCUGCCUAGCGGGGCUGGCGGAGUUCCUGCAGAGCUUUCAGCAGCGCGUGGAGCGAUUCCACGAGAACCCGGGAAUCCGGGAGCUGCCGCCCGACAUCUACAUCAGCAGAACCAUUGCUCUGGUCAACUGCGGGCCCCCCCUGAGAGCUCUGGCUGAGCGCCUGGCCAGGGUGGGACCCCUUGAAAGUGAGCCAGCCCGGGAAGCCUCGUCCUGCGCUCUGGACCGUGUAACCCAGCUCUGCCACCAAGUCCUGGCCGACCUGCUAUUCCAGGAGCUGCAGCCGCACUUCAACAAGCUCAUGCGCCGGAAGUGGCUGAGCAGCCCCGAGGCCCUGGACGGGAUCGUGGGCACGCUGGGCGCACAGGCCCUGGCGCUGCGCAGGAUGCAGGACGAGCCCUACCAGGUGCGGGGGCUGGAGUCCCAGGCCUCGUGGCUGGAUUCCGUGGUACCACACCUGGCGGAGGUGCUGCAGCUGGAGGACACGCCCAGCAUUCAGGUGGAGGUGGCCGUGCUGGUGCGUGACUACCCCGACAUCAGGCGGAAGCACGUGGCGGCCCUGCUGGACAUCCGUGGCCUGCACAGCGCAGCUGCCCGUCAGGAGAUCCUGGCUGUGGCCCGGGACCUGGAGCUGUCUGAGGGCGGAGCCCUGCCGCCCUCUCGGGACCGCGCUUUCUUCUCCGACAUCCCUGUGCCACGCCGGUCCUUCUGCCUCGGCCUCCCUCUCGCCCUGGGCCGCCUGCCCUUGUCCCGGCUGGCCAGGCCCAGCUGGGCUUGUCUCCCCCUGGGGCCCCAACCCCCGUCGCCACGGAGACCCCGGGCCCAGCGCUGAGGCUCGCCCAGCCCUGUGCCUCAAUGUCCCCAGUUUGCUGCUCAUACCCUGUGCCUCCCUGCCUGGGACACAGGCCCUUGCGUGGCAGGAUCUUUCGGGGUCUCCUUGCCC